UUUCCACUCCUGGGGGCCACAGACUGGUCCUGGGCUUCAUGUCGGGCACUGUGCAAGCCUGGGGAGCUGCCCACCCAGGGGUGGGGCAAUCCCUCAGGCAUCACGAGUGGCCCAAGCCCGAGGGGCCCAAACAUCUGCCUGGCUGAGCAAAUGUGGGGGACAGGCAGGACUCCCAGCCAAGCAGGGCUGGCCAGGGUUCGUCACGGCCCUCUCCUGCCCGAAACCUGCCAGGGGUUCCCAUCUGCCGAGAAUGCAAUCUGGACUCCUCACGCGGCCUCACAAACAGCUCCCUGUCACACUGGCCACUCUCUCCUCCGGGCCCUCCACCUGGCCCCUCCUGUGACUCCUCCUUACCUGGCCAGGGGCUGCUUAAUCUCCUUUGGGCCUUGGCUUCACUGCCGUGUCCUGAGGUGGACCACCCGUGCCCCAGACCGGGCCUUCCUGUGGCUCUUUCCCUGGGGUUCAGCUGCACACUCGCCCCCCCCCCCCCCGCCCCAGUGUUGCCUGGUCCCUGAGGUCCAGCUCUCCCAGCUCGCCCACUUGUCUCCUGGCCGCUCAGUGCCAGCACGUGCCCGGGAGGAGUGGGUCUCAGGGCUGAAAUCCUGGAGGGUCUCGGCUGGAAGCGUGCUUAGGAAUCCCUGAUUCGUUCUCCAAAUAUUCAUGGAGCACCUACUCUGCCCAGGCCCUGUCCCGGGCUCUGGGGACGGAACGGGGCCCCGCCCUCCUGUCAGGGCAGCGAACAAUAAGCCAACAAUAAUCAAGAUGGAUUCAGCUGGUGGCACGUGAAGGAAUUAAAACAGGGAUGUGGGAGGGUGGCAGGGCUCUCAGAGGAGGCCCUCAGUGAGGCAGGGGCACUUUUAAGGCCAGAGAGAAGACAAGUUGAUGUUCACGUGCAGAGAGCAUGCAGGGCUGGGGACGUCUUCCAGGUGGAAGGGGCAGCCAGUGCAAAGGUCCUGAGGUGGGGAUGAGCUUUGAGGCACAGAAAGUGGGUGUGUGGCUGUCUUGGGGGAUAGACGUGAGAGAGGGAGGGCUGCGGGGCUUUGUGAGCCACAGCAAGGACAUGCAAGGUGCAAGGCGGGGGGGGGGGGCACUAAAGAGCUGAAGCACAGGAAAACACAGCCCCAGAGAGAGUGAGCACCCAGUCCCUCUGACGCCCAGCCUCCUAGAGGAGAAAGUGUGGAGGCCACCGCAAGGAAGGCAUACAUUAGGCACUCCAUAAGUGCGGCUGAGAAGGAUUAAGUCAACUGGCCAGGGAAUGAUCAUGUUCCUUAACAGAACCACUUUGGAGCUGCCUCUUCUGGGCGUCACCAGGCCCCCCACACCAUGGGGUCUGUAAUCAGGGCUGCUAAAGACAGUUGCACAGGUCACCCAGCCAAGGGGGCCAUCCAGUCCACGUAACCCUCCCAAGCUGUGUGCCCUGGCGUGCAGCUGGCCCACCCAGGGUGGGGUACCUUUCUCUAACUCACACAGAGGCACUAUGGGGAUUUUGUUACCAUGGUCUGGCAGUGGGGGGCUCUGAAGGGGGGUUUCACAGACGCUGGCAGCCAAGGCCAGCUGUGUGUGCUCACUAGGGCCCUGUGCUCACGUAAUGCUCUGGUGUUGCCAUCUAGAAAUUCCUUUUUUUUCCCCCCUCAAUGUUUAUUUAUUUAUUUUGAAAGAGAGUGCAAGCAGGGGAGGGGCAGAGAGAGAGAGAGGAGGGAGAGAAUCCCAAGCAGGCUCUACGGUGUCAGCACAGAGUCCAAUGCAGGGCUCCAGCCCACGAACUGUGAGAUCGUGACCUGAGCUGAUCAAGAGUUGGAUGCUUAACCGGCUGAGCCACCCAGGUGCCCCACCAUCUAGAAACCCUCACUACAGUUUGAAAAAAGGGCCCUGCAUUUUCUUUUGCACUGGGCCUCAUGAAUUCUGUGCCUGGUCCUGCCUGCAGCUCUCCCCCUGCCAGGCCCCUGGGGGGCUUCUGGACUUCCUGCCUCCAUGGGAAUGUUCCCACAGGCCCCAGUCAGGAGCUCUGCCCAGGUAGUGUCCCAAGGACUCCUGAGGACAGCACUCUGGGUGGGAAGAAGACAGAGAGGUCUGACCCUGUCCCGCUAUGGCUCACUGGCCAUCAGCAAAGACAAGAUCACGUCUGGCAAGGUCUGCAUCCUGGUCUAAGACAGAUGACCUUGAUGGCUGUAAAUAUCCCAGAAUAGCCACUCUCCUGGUGGCUCCUUCUCCUUCUCCUGCUCUGAGAAUUCUGGAGAAUUCUGGAGCCACCAGCCUGGGUGGGUUCUGAGGUCCCUGAGUGGCCACAUCUAGUCUCUUCAGUGCCCUUUUCCAAGGGUAAGGACGAAGCUGCCCACGAGGAUGGGGAGGAGCGCAUCUAUUUUUAACUUCCUGUCUCUGGCCAGCUCCCAGGAGUCUGGGCCCUUGGCUCUGGGGCUGGACGGCCUAGAUUGUGUUUCAGACCUCACCUUCUGGCCUUAUUUCUCAGGUAAUCCAACCAGGCUGAAUCACAGACACAUUGCCAAGGCACCCAGUGGCUGGGGCAGGGCAGGUAAAAAUAACCUCAGAUAGGAGAGCCGGGGAUUGAAGCUCAUUGAUGUCCCCUUUGUCCAACCUCCGCCCCUGCCCUGGCACCUGAAACCUUUUGACUCUGGACAUGGCUUUUUAUUCCAUAAUCAAAGAAUUCACCUGAGGAAGUGAUCUAUCUGGUGGGGAAAUUUUAUACUAAGGUGUGAAUGAUUGCUAUGAACGAUGCUGUCCCAUUCGGCCCCGAUUCACAGGCGUGGCUGCUCUUACCCCCUUCCGGUCCCUCCUCAGCCAGGUCUCCUCUCCCCCAGGCUGUCAGGAGGGUACCCUCCUGAGCUAGGAGCCCCUGCCAGGUCCUCACCACCUCAGGAAUUCCUCCGCUGAGAUGGCCGGCAAGUGGGGGUGUGAAAACUAAGCAGUAAACCUUUGAUUUUCAAGGAAAGGAGGUUGGAGAAAGACGAUAUGGCAGAGGUGCUCUCCCUGCUCUGCUCUGUUCCUCAUCGUGCCCACCCAUCCAGGGCCACCAGGCAUAGAGACAGGGUUAGCUUACACUGUCGGCCCACUGAGUCCUCACCCGAAACGUGUCCAGUUGGUCCUAUCACUGCCCCCCAGCCACACCCAGCCCCGCCUGCCCCCAGGUCCCGCACUUGCAGCAGCCGUGCACCGGGCCUCCGACAAAGCGUUUCCCCACGACGAUCAGGCAGAAAGACCGUCCCGGCGGCCUCACGUGAGGGCUGGGGCCACCGGGUGGCACGUGUCCUUCUGGAAGCUUGUCUGGCGUGCCAGGGGCUGUUUAAUAUUUACUGAGUGCUCCCAGAGCCGGUGAGACACCCGCCCCCGGAGCUCGCUCUCUGCCCUGGCGGCUGUAUCACCGGGCCAGACACGCAGCCCGAUUUCGCCAUCUGAAGGCCGCACUUCCCUGGCUGAGCCAGCAGCGCUCACAGUGGCCACCGCGCCCGUCCCGCUGAACCUCAGACGAGAGCACUGAGCUCAGAGCUUCCCCGGGAGCCAGUGAAGCCAGGCGCGGCCGCAGCGGUGAGGGUGAGGAGGUCUCCGGGUGGAUGGCAGCGGGGACCGGCCGAGGGUACGCACCCCCUGGGGGCCGGGGACCCCUGGGAGCUGGCAGAAAGUCCAUCCACGGGAACUCCGUGAGAGCUCGAAUGCCUGCCAAAUCCUCCAAGAUGUAUGGCACGCUGCGGAAGGGGUCUGUCUGCCCGGACCCCAAGCCACAGCAGGUGAAGAAGAUCUUCGAAGCACUCAAGAGAGGCCUCAAGGAGUAUCUGUGCACCCAGCAGGCCGAGCUGGAUUACCUGUCAGGGCGCCACAAGGACACCCGCAGGAAUUCCAGGCUGGCUUUCUAUUACGACCUGGACAAGCAAACGCGCUCUGUGGAAAGGCACAUCCGGAAGAUGGAGUUUCACAUCAGCAAGGUGGACGAACUCUACGAGGGCUACUGCAUCCAGUGCCGCCUGCGCGACGGGGCCUCCAACAUGCAGAGGGCCUUCUCCAGGUGCCCGCCCAGCCGUGCCUCCCGGGAGAGCCUGCAGGAGCUGGGCCGCAGCCUGCAGGAGUGCACCGAGGACAUGUGGCUUAUCGAGGGGGCCCUGGAGGUUCACCUGGGAGAGUUCCACAUCAGGAUGAAAGGCUUCGUGGGCUAUGCACGCCUCUGUCCCGGAGACCAGUACGAGGUGCUCAUGCGCCUGGGCCGCCAGCGCUGGAAGCUGAAGGGCCGGAUCGAGUCUGACGACAGCCAGACCUGGGAGGAGGAGGAGAAGGUUUUCAUCCCCACGCUGCACGAGAACUUCGAGAUCAAGGUGACAGAGCUGAGGGGCCUGAGUUCACUGGCCGUGGGCACAGUGACCUGCGACAUCACUGACUUCUUCACGACCAGGCCGCAGGUGAUCGUGGUGGACAUCACAGAGCUGGGCACCAUCAAGCUACAGCUGGAGGUGCUGUGGAACCCGUUUGACACCGAGAGCUUCCUGGUGUCGCCCAGCCCUACGGGCAAGUUCUCCAUGGGCAGCAGAAAGGGCUCCUUGUACAACUGGACACCCCCAAGCACGCCCAGCUUCCGAGAGAGGUACUACCUGUCUGUCCUGCAGCGGCCAGCGCAGCAGGCUUUGCUGCAGGGUGGGCCAAAGGCCCCUUCCAUCCUCGGCUACCUGUCCGACAGCGACCUUCGGGGAUCUGGCCUGCGGAGCCGGAGUCAGGAGCUGCCCGAGAUGGACUCUUUCAGCUCUGAGGACCCCCGAGACACUGAGACCAGCACAUCAGCAUCCACCUCAGACGUGGGGCUCCUGCCCGUGGCCAUUGGCCCCAACACCUCCAUCGAAGAGGAGGCCCAGGAGGACCCCCAAUCCCUGGGCCUCCUGCCGGAGAUGGCCCACCUGGCGGGAGGCUCAUUUGUGGAGCAGCCUGGCUGGAGGAAUUUGGGAAUAGAGGCCCCCAGCCUGCCACGGGGCUCCCCAUUCCACAACCAUACAGUCCCGGGUAGCCAGAAAGACGAUGACGAAGGAGAAGCCGAGGACGGAGCGGAUGGGCCUGGGGUGACCCUCGAGAGGCCGCUGCAAGAGGUUCUGGAUUUACUGAGGUCCAUGGAUCCUGCCCAGCCCCAGCUCCGGGAGCUGGAGUACCAGGUUCUCGGCUGCAGGGACCGGCUGAAGCCCCGUGGCACCCGCCAGGAGCAUGCCUCUUCCGAGAGCCUGAUGGAGUGCAUCCUGGAGAGCUUCGCCUUCCUCAAUGCUGACCUUGCCCCGCAGGAGCUGUCCCUGUGUGGGGGCUGCCAGGGUCCCAGAAAGGACAGGAGCCCGCCCCCGCUGCCACCACGGACAGCGUCACCUCAGGAGCUGACGGCCGGCACCCCGGAGCUGGACAUGUUGCUCACCGUCCACCUCCACGUCUGCAAAACUCUGCUGCAGAAACUUGCCUCUCCUAACCUGUCGAGGAUGGUCCAGGAAUGCCUUCUGGAAGAAGCCGUGCAGCAAAAGCAGGUUCUGGAGAUGCUCUCUGUCCUGGAUUUUGAGAAGGUCAGCAAGGCAGCAUCCAUUGAAGAAAUUGUCCCCCAGGCCACACGGAGGAAGGGGUGCCUGAAGCUGUGGAGAGGAUGCACUGAGCCCGGCAGGGUCCUGUCCUGUUCUGGCACGACGCUGCUGAACCAACUCAAGAAGACGUUUCUGCACAGAGUCCGAGGGAAAUACCCGGGACAACUGGAAAUAGCAUGCCGAAGGCUCCUGGAGCAGGUGGUCAGCUGUGGUGGGUUGCUCCCCGGAGCCGGGCUCCCCGAAGAACAGACGGUCACCUGGUUCCAGUUUCACAGCUACCUGCAGAGGCAGGGGGUGUCUGACCUAGAGAAGCACUUUGCCCAGCUCACCAAAGAAGUAACACUUGCCGAGGAGCUGCAGUGUGCGGGGCAAGUCAAGACGAUCAGGAAGCUGCAGGGGAAGCGGCUGGGCCAGCUCCAGCCCCUGCCCCAGACGCUGCGGGCCUGGGCACUGCUGCAGCUGGACGGGACCCCCCGGGUGUGCAGGGCGGCUAGUGCUCGCCUGGCCAGCGCGGCACGGAACCAGAGCUUUCGGGAGAAGGCUCUGGUCUUCUAUACCAACGCCCUGAUGGAGAACGAUGGGAAACUCCAGCAGGCCGCGUGUGUGGCGCUAAAACACCUCAGGGGCAUUGAAAGCAUCGAUCAGAUCGCCAGCCUGUGCCAGUCGGACCUGGAGGCCGUGCGAACAGCAGCCCGGGAAGCCACGCUGUCAUUCGGGGAGAAAGGACGCUCAGCUUUUGAGAAGAUGGACAAACUCUGCUUGGAACCAAGAGGAGAAGCCUUUUGCCAGGAAGCGGAUAUUGAAAUCACUGUAUUUUAAGAAGCCUCAGCUGGCACCUUUGUUUUUGCUGCUGCCUUGCCUUGACCCAGGGCCAGAGCUGUGGGUGGGGGUAUGCUCUGUGCUCCCUCAGUCCCCAGACCAGUCACGCAGCCCAGGGGCACAAAUGGGACUUUGCAUAUAGGAGCAGGAAAAGGGGACGUGCGGCACUUUGAAGGCUGUUGGACUUGAGUCAAACGACCAGCUUUCAGUUUUGAGAAUCUGUCUGACCUUCCCUGGCCAGCUGCACCCCGAAGGGGCCAAGGCCAGGUGGCUGAGGCCUGGAAUCAAAGUCUCCCUGCCGGUUGGCCUGCUCAGCACUGCUGGUUCAAUAAAGACGGGCAGUGAAGAGACAAGCGGGCUGACUGACCUUGCUAAGGAGGAUGCAGUGGGUCAUUUCCAUGGCAGCAAGCCAUCACCUCGGCAAGCCGGGCAAGGUGGGAAGACAGACAGAGCCAGGGUUUCCAUGAUUCAUGCUCUUAACCCAAGCAGUAGUCCAAACGCCCCCGUGGAGCCUGGUGGCGGCCUGCAGACCGUGGACCUUAUCGUCACUGUGUUCAAGAGCACAAGGAAGAAAACGUCAUUGGCCAGGAAACCUUGUGUCGUGUCAGUAAAAGCAUCCACCGUGACCUCACUCAUCAAAAUGGAAUCGAACUUUUGAACGGAAGUCAACUUAGGGCCGAUUAGAUAAAUUGUGUCAGAAGCCAUCAGCCGGUUUGAAGAAAGAUUUCACUGAAGAAUGUAUUUAAAGAAAGAAGAUUCGUUUCUUAUUUAAGUCUGUUAAAAAAAACCAAAACCCUCCAAUGUGUCCUGAACUGUUUUUGUGUUGAGCCGCAGAGACAACCUGGGGUACGUGACUCCUGACAAUGGCAUUGGGGAUUCUGGACUCUUCAACCUUCUCAUGUAAACUUCCUGUAUAUAUUCUGUGCUUUUCGGUUUAACUUCGUAUUUAUUUGCCUUGUUCCUAUGUUCAGUUUUUUGAAUUUCAAUUAAAAUGAAUUUUAUUGGUG